AUGACGCGCAAUGUCUCUACACAUAGCGGCAAGGGCAUCUCUGUGGUGCUACAGAAGAACCCAGAUGAUGUGGUCAUUACCUUUGCAAAGCGUACCCCAAUGGGGAGGAAUAGAAAAGGUCAAUUCAAGGAUAUCCCAGUGGAUGAAAUGAUGCAAGCUCUGCUCAAGGCGACCUUCGAGAAGACAAAGCUGGACCCCGCAAAACUUGACGACAUUUGCGUUGGCACAUGUCAUCCUCCUUCUCCAAUGUACUCCUCGCGUGCCGCUGCUCUCGCAUCCGGCAUUCCUCACGAUGUUCCCAUCUCGACAGUGAACAGGCUGUGUUCAUCCGGCCUUAUGGCCAUCCGCAACAUUGCCCACGCUAUUCAGUCAGGCGAGAUAUCCAUGGGCAUGGCAAUCGGAGUGGAGAAUAUGACACUGAACCCCCGUCCUACGCCUGUUAUUUCUGAGUCUGUGGACAAAUUUCCCCGGGCUCACGAUUGCAUCCAACCUAUGGGUUGGACGUCUGAAAUGGUCGCUCAAACCUAUAAAGUCUCAAGACAGAAGCAAGAUGAAUAUGCCCUCAUAUCACAUACUCGCGCAACCAAGGCGAUGGCCACCGGCAUCUUCUCUGAGGAGAUCAUCCCAGUCGAAAUCCGCGGGACUGUGGUAUCUGUUGACGACACAAUCCGGCCUGGCGUGACAAUGGAGAUGCUAUCUGGGCUAAAACCUGUGUUCCAAGAUUGGGGCGAUGCAGCUACCACUGCUGGAAACGCUAGUGGCAUUGGCGAUGGUGCCGCGUUAUGCAUUCUCACGACAAGAGAGCGUGCGGAGAAAGAAAACAUGGAAAUUCUCGGGAAAUGGGUUGGAUGCGCAGUCGUCGGUGUCGAGCCCCGUUACAUGGGCAUUGGCCCCAUCGCCGCUAUUCCUAAGAUCCUUACACAAGUUGGUCUCACUAAGGAUGACAUUGACAUCUACGAGAUAAAUGAAGCAUUCGCUUCGCAAUUUGCAUAUUGUGUCGAAGAACUUGGCAUUUCCAUGGACAAAAUCAAUCCGAACGGUGGGGCAAUAGCCGUGACACACCCUUUGGGGAUGACUGGUGUUCGUCAAGUUGUCACCGGCCUCACGGAACUCCGCAGGAGAGACAAAAAGUUGUUGUGCACAAGUAUGUGCGUCGGCAGUGGCAUGGGUGCAGCAGGCAUCUUCGUGAACGAGGCACAACCAUCCUGUGAGGCGAAGUUAUAG